AAGAAAAGAAAAAGAAAAAGAAAAGUCCUUUACUGCAUCAUCAUCAUCUGAGAAUUGAGCAAUUCUCUCUUCUCCUUCCCCCGGAAACAAAACGUAUAAAUCCAAUUAAACCAGAAAAUUGAAAACCUACCCUCCAUGCAGAUGCAGUGGUUCCCCACUCCCAAUUCUCUCCCUUUUCAUCAUUACCGCCUUAUUUCUUCCUCCAUUUUCACAUUUUUUGCUCCCAAUACUUUCAACAACAGAGUAGCAAUGGUCACUACUUCUUCUUCUUCCUCCUCUACUCCCACUCCCAGCAACAAUUCUACUGCUGGCGCUUUCACCACUCUCACCCAAAGAGUCACUUUCGAGAAGGAAAUUAAGAAAAGCAAAUUCAUUGCUAUUGCUGGCCCCCUCUCUGAUGAACGCUCCGCUAUGUCCUUCCUUUCUGAGGUUCGUGAUCCCCGUGCUACUCAUAAUUGUUGGGCAUACAAGGUUGGAGAUCAAUUUCGGAGUAAUGAUGACGGUGAACCAUCUGGUACCGCUGGCAAGCCAAUACAAUCUGCAAUUGACUCUUCAGGGAUAGAUAGAGUCAUGGUGGUUGUUAUCAGGUAUUUUGGAGGAAUCAAACUUGGCACUGGAGGAUUGGUUAGAGCUUAUGGAGGGGUAGCUGCAGAAUGUUUGAGAAAUGCUCCAACUUGUGUUGUAAAAUCCAAAGUUCCAAUGGGAUUGGAGGUCCCGUAUGAUCUCUUGGGAGUUCUAUAUCAUCAACUUCAAUCUUUCCAAGUUGAGGACAUCAGGCAGGAUUAUGAUACUGGAAAAGAUAAUGUUACAAUGGUCACCUUUAAAGUUGACUUCGACCGAGCACAAAGUUUGGAAGAAGCCCUAAAGGCGAACUGUAGCCGUGAGAUUGUGUUUUACAAGCGCUGAAUAUUUUUGAUGUUUGCCCUUUGGAUUUUGGUUUCCCUCCUACAAUACAUGCGUAUCUUUUAAAGGCAUGCUUAUGCUAGAAAAUACAUUUUCGGGAUAAGCACUGAAUUUUGGUGAGGCUAGUAAUGAGGCCUUUACUUCUACUUUUUUGUUAAUAUACAUGCCCAGUAUUAUGGGUUCUUUCUUGUAGUUAGUUGUUCAGUAACUGAGGCCGCUGGGUUAGGCAAAUGGUUGCAAGGUAUUCCAAUAUAGUUCCAGUCUACCUCAUGAUUUUUCUAUGUAUGACACUAAUUUUAAUGAAGAUGAAUUUGUUGCAGUUUCAUCAGCAAACUGCUCUCUUCCUUUAUGUUCA